AUGCAGCAACCUCCUGGUUUUCAUGAUUCAUCUUGCGCCAUCAUGUCUGCCUUCUUUAGAGAUCUCUUUAUGGUCACCCAAAUUGCAUACUUACUUCUUUAUGUGGAUGAUAUUAUCCUCAUUGGUAAUUCUGCACAGCUUUUGACAAAUAUUUCAUCCAUACUUGGAAUCGAGUUCUCCAUGUUUGAUCUUGGUGAUAUUCAUUAUUUUUUGGGUAUCUCAACCACUAGAACUGUCGACGGCCUAAUUUUGUCUCAACGAAAAUACGUCAUGGAGAUUCUAGAACGUACAUCUAUGCUUAACUGUAAACCAACAUCCACUCCCACUGACCUGUAUACUAAGUUUGAUGGUUCAGGUCCACAUGUUCCAGACCCUACUCUAUAUCGUAGUCUGGCAGGUACCCUUCAAUACCUCACGUUCACCAGACCUGACAUUACCUAUGCAGUUCAAUAA